AUGAUAACCACUUUUAGUCCCAUUAGGGAGGACGCGUUUGCUACCAGGAAGGCUAAAUUAUGUGCGACUCAAAGACAAGGAAUACGCAGGUUACCAGUACUUUAGCCUUAUCGAUGCCACGUGAUGGCUGCACAAGUCCAUUUAGGAUUGCCAAAAUUUGAUGUAAAGCUGGGACCAAAUUUUGGCUAUGUUUUUACGAAAGAAGCGGUGGAGGAAAUGAUAAGGCAUCAUGAGGUGUCAACAUUUUCCUCGUUUACAAUCCAGCAGACGAGAUGCACGGCCGCUGCCAAAGAAGGGCCAGGAACAGGAGAUAAAGGUGGUCCAAGGAUAUACUGGCAAGAUGUUGCAACCAGUAAAUUUUCAGUGCCUGCUGCAGCAAUCCCUUUUGAUGGUAUACCAUACACCUAUGUAUCAAGGCUGCUAUAUGAGUGUCACCAUGGGAAGGAUUGGAAGGAAAAGCAAAAACUUCUCAAGCAAGAUCAACGCAAACAGGUGGGAGAACAUGGCUAUGUUGGCACUAAAUCCAGGAGACUCAUCCAACCUACAAAGAAAUUGAAUUGUCCAGCAAAACUUAUUGUCAAGGAAGUUUUUAAAUAUCCAGAUUUCAAGAUAUCGCAAGACACAAAACACAACAGAGUGGUCAAUUCUUCAAAAUUACGAUCUGCUCUUGCAAAUGUUCCUGUGUCAUCUGAAAGGAGAUACUAUAUCUACUUGCCUAAUAAUGAUGAUCAUAAGGGUACACAUGUUAUUGGUGAGGCAAUGGAACAGAACCACUGGAAGAAGGAAGUCAAAGAACGGAAGAAGAAGAAGCGGGAAGAGAGAUUGAUCCGACUAGCUGAACAACAAAUACGAGAAAAGAAAGACUUCUCAUCUAAUGGAAAGGAAGAGAAGGAAGAAGAUAAUCAAGGCAGGCCAUGGACUUUGUCUAUUGCACUUCCUGGAUCUAUACUAGACAAUGCACAGUCACCAGAGCUGAGAACAUACUUGGCUGGGCAGAUUGCCAGAGCUGUAACCAUCUUCAACAUUGAUGAGAUAAUCAUCUUUGAUGAGUCUGGAGCUGCAGCUAGAGAAAACACGGAUGGAGUCUUUAGCGGUAUUGGCAAGAAAGGGAAUGCUAACGUCCAGUUGGCAAGGAUCCUACAGUAUCUGGAAUGUCCUCAGUAUUUGAGAAAAAUCUUCUUUCCAAGACACAGUGACUUACAGUAUGCAGGUCUACUGAACCCCCUGGACAGCCCACAUCAUGUCAGAGCCAAUGAGGAGGUAGCUUACAGAGAGGGUGUGGUGGUAGACAGACCGGUAGCUAAGGGGCGUGGCUCUCUUGUCAAUGUUGGACUCUACAAGGAAGUUGAGAUCGACAAGAAGCUGCAGGCAGGGCUCAGAGUGACGGUCAAGAUGAAUGCAAAGAAGGAAGCUUCGUCCAAGCUCUCUCCGUGUAAAGUGGUAUCCCCCUCUGCACCAAGGCUUGAGGCUGGUCUGUACUGGGGGUACUCUGUCAGGCUAGCAUCAAGUCUAGGGGCUGUUUUCACGGGAUGUCCAUUUUCAGCCGAUGGGUACGAUCUUACCAUUGGGACAUCGGAACGCGGGACAACAGCGGAUGAGGUGGCUCUACCUUACUUCAAACAUGGAUUAAUUGUCUUUGGUGGUGUUCAAGGUCUGGAAUUCAGCUUGGAGAUGGAUCAAGCAUUACUGGUCUCAGAUCCCAGUGUGUUGUUUGAUCACUAUGUCAAUGUAUGUCCAAACCAAGGGAGCAGAACUAUUAGAACAGAGGAGGCUGUACUGAUCACCAUGGCAACACUAAGACCCAAGAUUCUCAGUGCUCAAGAUUCGAAUAGAUGACGAAAAUGUCUUUGACAAUUAUUGUACCGACAAAACGGGACUUUCUCAUCAGCCAGGGGGAGGAUUCAUUUUCAUGUAGCCAUUCAUCGGUGGUUUUUAGUUUUUUACCGAUAUUGCAAAAAGCUACUGAAAAUCUUUGCACCUGAUUGGCUGAAACCAAUCUCUGCAGUGAAAAUAAUUGAUGAGAUGCUUCAUGAAAGGCUUUCCAUAUUGUCUCUGUGGAGGACUGUUUUCAUAUUCUGAUGUCUCUAGGAACCAAUGCUUCGUUCAUCAUUAUUGUAUGGACUUGAAUUUGACAGAGACAUACUGAGACUCUAAAUAGAAAUAAUGGAUGGCUAUAUCCUGGACCCAAUAGCCUGAAGAAAUGAUGCCUACUUUUCGCCAUUAUCUUCAUUCCAGUAUUGAUACAAACUUCUCCAUAUUUUCCUUCAUCCUAAUUUCAGUUGUAUUGCCUUGGUCAAGGAUAAAUAGAAGCAAGACAGAUGAGCAGAAUCGAGCGAAGUUUUUUUUGUGGGAGGCUUUGACAUUAGCCAGUCAAAAUUAAAACUUUAGGGUUGUAACUUUUCAACUUUAGAUGAUAAUUUAAUGGCAAAAACCUGUUCACUUACAUGGUCUAAUUAGAAGCUGAAUCGGUGAUAUUUGGUGGCAAUAUCAAUCACCAUUGUGCCAUAUGCAUGUUACCAUUGCAGAUUGUACCAAAAAAAUUGUUUAUUUAUCUAUGCAUAUAAAAAAACUCUUUGAUACUUGAAUGAGAUAUGGUUAAUAUGACAUAAUGUAUAUGUUAAAUUAAUUUCCUUUUUUUUUGCUUUUUAAUCCCAUGGGGAUUGCCAGAAUUAUGCAGAAAAUAUUGGCUCUAUUCUCUUAUGUAUUCCCCAAUCAAAUUUUGCCUUUCAUAUGUUCUGUUUCUCUUUAUUCAUUUUAAGUAACUCUAAAUGUUUAUGUGAUGUAAGUGCAGUUUUUAGUACAGGUUCAUAAGAUUAUGAAGCAUUUCCUUUGUUUACUCGUUUGAGUUGUAGUUACGACUGUAUUUUGCCUAUACUUGUUGGGUUCAGGGUGACCAGACGUCCCGUAUUUCCCGGGAUUGUCCCAUAUUUUGCUCCUUUGUCCUGGCGUCCCGACAAACCCUUCCCGGCUCGCCUAUUUGUCCUGUAUUUUAGAAAAUUGAACAAAAUGUAGUUAAUACUUUUGAAAGUGACAAAUUUUCUUUAAAUAACCAACAGAUGACGAAGGAGAGACAACAAUAAAAUCAAUAACUAGACCUUUGGAAGUUCUGCGGUGAUUUCCUUGCUAAAUUGUAUUCAAUACAUUGCAAACUGGCCUCCUGCCUGUGUUUGGCAGGUACUGGCUAGGCAAAUAGGAUCGAUGGUGCUAACAAUGACUUGAUAAACAGUUUUCCACCAAAAUAAUCACAAAAUCGGCGGGAAAUUUGUAUAAUUAUAUUAUGGAUUCUCAGGUUACUGAUUUGGAGAUGUAAUCGGAGAGACAAGUUAUGAGAUUUCAUAACUAGAUCUAGUUGUUUCAGCUUUCGUUGUGUAUCAUGCCGCGAUGUUAUCAAAUUGUUAAGUUGACAAUGCCUCACUUCGAAAUUUUAUUCAUUUCUGAAACAUUUUCCAAUUUUUUUAAAUAUACUAAAAAACACCAAAUAUUGUGAUUUUUUUGUU